AUGAACCGAUCGGUAUCCGAAAAUGUGAACGCGAGGCUGGUUAGAUCGACUUCGUCACACGCUGGUCGCAACUUCAAGCAAUACAAGUGGUACUAUUCUACGGCGUCAGCAAAUGGGGAUAUGGAUUUGGCUCCACAUGAUCUACACCGCUUCCUGCGUGGCUAUUUUGAUCUCAAGAGUGGAUCGCGGUCGGGCAACUAG